AGAGAUAUCCAUUUGAAAUCCAGGCUUUCUUGCUAUGUCACAUGUUGUGUGUUUCAGUAUAUAAUUAGUCAUUUGAAUGAGACAAUUCAAAAAGGGGACCAGAAAGCAAUAAGAAUAAUUAAUUUUUAGUAUAUAAAACAGAGAAGAAGCAGAGUUCAACAUUUGGGAACAGAGAAAAGGAAUAGAUUACUCAAUAAUCAUAUUAAUUAUCAUGAGUCAUUGCACGGUACCAACUUGGAAUCCAAGGUAUCAAAGACAAGAACAUGUCGUAGAAGCCGGAGAAGCUAACAAAUAUCCUCACGUACAUAACCAGCAGAUUCAAAUUAAUCAUCUUUUGCCCAUGUCUAGUAAGUGUGAAGAAGUUGCAGAGUUGACAUGGGAAAAGGGGCAGUUAGGAAUGCAUGGACUAGGGGGAAUCCUUUCCAUUUCACAAGCAAAACAGACACUGGGAAGAACCGGCGAUACAUUAGAGUCCAUCGUGCAUCAAGCCACACACCACGCGAAGAAUCAGACUUCAAUACAUCAAAAUUAUGACCUAAAUGAAGAUCAGUAUCUGAAAACUGGGGUGCUGUAUAGUGGAGGAAAAUGGGGCGAGAGUUCACAACAAAUGGCGCCUCCUCGAGCAACAGCGUUGGCAAAAAAGAGGAUGAGACCAUCAGAAUCUGACCCUCAAUAUGGUGGAGCUGAAGAUCGUGAGUAUGCAGAAGGUAGCGCGUGUGCAAGUGCCAGCGCUACCUUCUAUAGGGAGAAUGAUACCACCAUGGUUACAUGGCCUUCCUUUGACGAAUCUUCGCGUAGCAUCAAGUCUAAAACCACUUGUGAUGAGGAUUCUGCUUGUCAUGGUGGUGGCUCGGAAAACAAGGAGGAAGAACAUAAAACAAAAAGGUCCAACUCAUCAAGACGCAGCCGAGCAGCAGCUGUUCAUAACCAGUCAGAGCGGAGACGCCGAGAUAGAAUUAACCAAAGGAUGAAAGCUCUACAGAGAUUGGUACCAAAUGCAAGUAAGACAGAUAAAGCAUCAAUGCUUGAUGAAGUGAUAGAUUACUUAAAGCAGCUACAAGCACAAGUUCAAUUAAUGAGCAGUACUCCAAGAAACAUGACACCACAAAUGAUGACGCCUCUUGGAAUGCAUCAACAUAUUCAAAUGUCGUUGCUAGCAAGAAUGGGCGUGGGCGUUGGUCUUGGCAUGGGCAUGGGAAUGUUUGACAUGACUGCUUUAGCUCGCGCGGCUGCUGCUGCCUCUGCCACAACUCAUCCAAAUCAAAUGACUACUGCUCCCAUCAAUAUUCCAUUCACCCCACCAGGAGCCUUCGCGCUGUCUGCAGCCCCAGCUAAUUCUGUUAGCUCUGCCACCACCAGUACUACCACCAAUUCCACCCCUUUUACAAACCCCUAUAGCGCUUUUCUACCUCAAUCGAUGGACAUGGAGUUCUUCAACAACAUGGCAGCUUUGUAUCGGCAGCAAUUAGCUAAUCAAUCUACACAGAUAAUAGGCAGCAAGUUGAACCAGGGAGACCAGACAGAAUAGAAACUGAGUUUUUUUUUUAAAAAACAAUUCUAUAAUUUGUACUUAUAUUGU